CACUAGUCUGUCAAGUGUCAUUCAAUUACUGAAUUGAGUAAGUCAAUGUAUUCAUCAGUAUUCAGUAAUCAUUGUAAUUUCAACCAGGCUGUUAUACAGUUGUGUCCGUCGUUUGAUAUAAAAUCGUGCAGUUAUAACUUUUAUUGAUUUUGAAAAUCAAAAAGUAAAACAAUGGGUGUACCUGCUGGUAAUGCUGAAAACGGAAAGAAAAUCUUCGUACAGAGAUGUGCACAAUGCCAUACAGUUGAAGCUGGUGGUAAACACAAAGUAGGACCCAAUCUGCAUGGAUUCAUUGGACGCAAGACUGGUCAAGCGGCCGGGUUUUCAUACUCGGAUGCUAACAAGGCAAAAGGUAUCACUUGGAACGAGGACACCCUCUUUGAAUACUUGGAGAACCCUAAGAAAUAUAUACCAGGAACCAAGAUGGUGUUUGCUGGCUUGAAGAAGGCAAAUGAACGUGCAGAUCUAAUUGCGUACCUCAAAGAAGCUACUAAGUAACUUCAACAAGUUUAGGAAAUUAUUAUAAGAAGCAUAUUCCAGUCGUUACUGGAACCAACUUCUUAUAUCUUAGCCCAAUCAGUAUCAUCUCUUAUUUUAAUGUAUUUAUUAUUCAUCCACUCAAAUGACAAAAUACAAUUGGUAUUUAAUAUGAAUAUCAAAUAGAUAAUGCAAAACCACUGUGUGUGUGAAUGUUAUUACGUAUGACCGUUAGGAGUAGUGCAACAUUGCUGUGAAUGCUUUUGAUGUUAUUAAAUUAUUGAAAUAAGUCACUCUUAGAUUUUUAUUUGUGAAAGUACCCACUUUAUGGACCUAUUUAAUAGUUGCCAUCAUUGUUACCAAUAUUAGUUUAUAUUAAAUUUACAAUUACUUAAUAAAACUGUUAAAAGGUG